CGAAACGGCCUGGUUGAACUCCGCUUGUUCCUCCUCAACUUUCCAUCCUUCUUAUCUUCUCCAAUUCAUGUGCGCGCCUCAACUGCCUUGUUCUUCAGCUUGAUUUGAUCAAUCGCCCGAUAGAGAAGGUUCCCUCACUUUAACCUGACCUCUAUCACACCUCACUGCCAUCGAAUUCUCCAGCCAUGUCCGGCUCCAAUCUACAUAACGCUCUUCUCCGCCCUCCGAUCAUUCAGAUCCUGCGCGCUGCAGGCUUCCACUCGACGCGUCCCUCAGUCCUAGACACUCUCGCCGAUCUCACGGCCCGAUACAUCAUGCUCCUUGCCUCAUCCACAAGCGCCCAUGCAGCCAACGCCCACCCCGAAGACCCCAUCCCCGUGCUCGAAGAUAUUUACCAGGCCUUACAAGAUGCAGGCGCGUUGCGGCCGCAGCUGCGGGAAUGGGAGGAGGAAUGGCAAGCGGAAGAGGACAUGCGAGGACUAGAAGGGUUUCUGUCGUGGUUCACCGGCCCCGCCAACCGCGAGAUCCGGCGCAUCGCUGGGUUCGUGCCCAGUGAAGGGGACAUGGUGGACGCGGACUCCCUGGAGAAGGAGGACUUCCUGACGGCCCUGAAGAAGAAACACAGCAAGACGGGAGAAGAGUCGCGAUAUGCGGGGACCGUGCUGGGGAAGAGCGGCGAGGAACACCCGAUCGUGAUCGAGGGCGGUGCACCGACCUUGCAGGAUUGGGGGUCCCAGAUGCGAUCCCGCGCACCCUAUAUGGCCGACAGCGACUCCUCGGUCGUGAGCAGUGCACCGAGCAAUUUGUCUGAUGGAGAGGGAAUGGACGUGUGAUGGGAUAGAUGGAAGUGUGCCGCAUUCU